UUUCAGAAUCUUUAUCAGAAUCACAUGACAAGCCACAAGGUCUCGUUCCCAGGACCACGCGGAUUUUACUAUAUUAAAAUUACAUGAAGUUAUUCAUGAAGAGAAGAGCAAACAAAAUUGUAAAUGAUUGAAAGAUUACAUUGAAAAAAUGCAUUUGCUAACUUAUUCUUUAUUUUCUGCUCUUAGACAACAAAUGUAUUAUAAAACUAUUAAAUGCAGUAGGGAUUAUAUGAAACUUCGUAUUUGUAGAGGUUGUCGUGGAAAUUUAUUCAGUAUUUUUCGCAAGAGAAAUUCACCAAAGACAUUGUCAAAACUUUCUAUUAAAUAUUUAUGUUCAUCAAGUUAUCAUGUACCAAACAACGAUGGACAAAAUGACAAAGGAGAUUAUAAUUUAGUUCACAAUAAAAAUACUUAUGUCACAGAAAGCAGAGCUAUAAACGAUUAUUUACUUGAUUCAAGUGAUUUGAAAGAUCUUGAGAAAAUAACCGUCCGUAAUGCUUAUAGUUCACAAGUGGAACUACCUAUUUAUUGUUAUCUCAAAUCUCAGGUUAAGAAAAGAGCUAUAAAUAAACAUGGUAGUAUUAUGAAUAUAAAGCUCAAACAUAAAGAAAGACAAAGAAAACUUGAAUCAGAUGAAGAAUAUAGGAGAGAUUUCAGUGGUUUUAUUGGUCAUUUGAAGAAAACUAUAAAAGAUCAAACAAAAAUUGAUGCAGAUAAAAAGGCUUUUGGUGGUUAUGUAGAAAGGGUUAACUUUCUCAAAGGCUCUGCACGUGUUGUUACAUAUGCUAUCAUAAGCAACUUUACUGUGAUGAUGUUUAAGUUUGGGGCAUAUUUUUACACUGGCUCAGCCAGUAUGUUAUCUGAAGCUGUUCAUUCUUUAGCUGAUUUUGCCAAUCAGUGUUUACUAGCAAUUGGUAUUUUGCAGUCUAUAAAAGCACCAUCAGCAGAUCAUCCAUAUGGAUGGUCUCGUGCUCGAUAUGUAUAUUCCUUGAUCAGUGGUGUUGGAAUUUUCGUCCUUGGUUCAGGUGUAUCACUUUAUCAUGGUAUCAGUGAUAUAUUCAACCCCCCUGUUCUUGCAUCAUUGCCUUUGGCAUUGUCUGUAUUGUUUGGAUCAAUGCUUGCUGAAGGAGCGACAUUGGUCAUGGCAGUUAACCAGGUUUCAAAAAGUGCCAGAGAAACUGGUGUUUCAUUCUCAGAUUACGUUAAAAAAGGUCGUGACCCUAGCGCUGUGGCAGUUUUAGCUGAAGAUGGUGCUGCUGUAGCAGGCCUUUUGAUUGCUGCAUCAUGUCUAAGUUUGACAUCUUAUACUGGAAAUGUCGUGUUUGAUGCAGUUGGCUCUAUUGCUAUUGGAGGAUUGCUUGGAAUCGUGGCGAUAUUUCUGAUCAGUAGGAAUGCAGAUUUUCUUGUUGGAAGAUCAAUACCUGAGGAGAGAAUACAAAGAAUUACUGAUAUAUUGGAGGAAGACAUUAUGGUUAGAUCCAUUCAUGAUGUUAAAGCAACAGAGUUAGGUGCCGACACUGUUCGUUUUAAAGCCGAAAUAAAUUUUGAUGGCAGAGAAAUAACAAGACGGCAUUUGAACAGGAAAGAUAUAGUACAGUUACUAAAGGAAAUACAAGAAAUGCAGACACCUGAAGAACUUGAGAGAUUGUUGAUGGAUCACGGGGAGCAAAUUAUUGAUACUCUAGGGCAGGAAGUUGAUAGAAUUGAGAGAAAUAUAAAAAAUAAAAAUCCUGAAGUACGUCAUGUGGAUCUUGAAAUUUUAUAAAUAUGUUGUUACUUAAUUGCAUAACAUCUGCAAUAGCAUGGUUUGAACAUUGAUGGUUGUCAAACGUUAACUUCAUCUAUCAAAACAACAGCAACAUUAACACAAGGAAAAACAUCAACAACAGCAAAAGUAUUUUCACUUGUUUAUUGUAAAUUAUAAUUAUUAUAAAGCACUUGUUCAUAAUUAUUCACAAUAUGUUUCGUGUAAAAAAUGUUAUUUAUUAGACUAUCAAAAUAAUGGCCCAAAGAUUAUACUUGUAAGCAGAGUUUUAUUCAAAUUUUUAUUUUCAUUGUCA